AUUGAAUGUUGAUUGUGAUGAAGUGGAGUUGGACUUUGUAUUGUAACCUUUUUGAAAAUAUUUUAUUUAGGACGUACCUAUUUCCAUAGAAAAUUAAAUAUUACAUUAGUAUAAUAAAAAAAAACAAAAUGUUUACGCAGCCUAGCAGGCAUUUGUUUUUGUCGAAUCAGAUACGGCGACUUCAAAGUACUUUGGUUAUUGCUGAACAUAACAACGAGGCGUUGUCUGCUGUCACUCAGAAUACUCUAAGUGCUGCAAAAAAGAUAGGCGGUGAUGUAUCUGUACUUGUUGCUGGCACUAAAUGCGGACCUGCCGCAGAGAAGAUUGCCAAGGCUGGUGGAAUAUCAAAAGUUCUAGUUGCAGAGAGUGAUGCUUUUAAGGGCUUCACAGCAGAGUCUUUGACCCCACUUAUUAUUGCCACACAAAAACAGUUUAAAUUUACUCAUAUAUUAGCGCCUGCCACUGCCUUUGGCAAGGCUGUUCUUCCAAGAGUGGCGGCUAAGCUUGAUGUGUCACCAAUAACAGACAUCAUUGGUGUUAAAGAUGCCAAUACAUUUGUGAGGACAAUUUAUGCAGGUAAUGCUAUUCUCACUUUGGAGGCCAAAGAUCCGAUCAAGGUUAUUACAGUGAGAGGGACAGCUUUCCCUCCGGAACCCUUAGAAGGUGGUUCUGCCGCUGUGGAGAAAGCUCCUGAUGGUGACUACAAGACAGAUCUCACUGAAUUUGUCUCACAGGAACUGACAAAGUCUGAUAGACCUGAACUGACAAGUGCUAAAAAUAUUGUCUCUGGUGGACGUGGUUUGAAGUCGGGAGACAACUUCAAGUUACUUUAUGAUCUAGCUGAUAAACUUAAUGCCGCAGUGGGUGCCUCUCGUGCAGCCGUAGACGCAGGUUUCGUUCCCAACGACUUGCAGAUUGGACAGACUGGCAAAAUUGUCGCUCCAGACCUAUACAUAGCUGUAGGAAUCAGUGGUGCUAUUCAACAUUUAGCUGGUAUGAAGGAUUCUAAGACUAUAGUGGCAAUAAACAAAGACCCCGAGGCACCUAUAUUCCAGGUAUCCGACUAUGGCCUAGUAGCAGAUUUGUUCAAGGCAGUUCCGGAACUUACAUCAAAGCUGUAAAUAGUAAUUGUAUAGUGAACUAUUGUAUGUUUCUUUCAGCCAGUUGCACAAACGUUCAUUAAAAUUGUCAUUAGUUUAAUUCCACAUUACCCAUACAACUUUUCCAAUAUAGAACAUUCAUAAGAGUUUAAAGCCAUCAUUAAACUUUCAUGAAUAUUUGUGCAAUUGACAAUUUGUGUAAUG